GACGCUGUCUAUACAAGCUAGUGCAUCUUCAUCAGCGGAGAGCGAUCAGACAUCACGAUCGAGUAGAUUGGCUACCACGGUCCUCGGGGUGGACGCUGGGAGCAGACUAUCGUCAUCAUGGCAAGUUGCGCCGUGUGCGUAGCCAGUGCUACAAGUGGUGUGAGACCAAAGCUCCGUGGCGCCGCCGGAACUUGGAGAUUGCAAUGCUGCUCUGGUCAUCACGAUUCUUCUCCUGCUCAUGAGCAUCGUUCAUGUCUUGGUGCAGCCGUCAGUCUAUUUCCAUGAGAAGCAUCUGGCGGCGUGUGGUGGUAUUAAGGCGUUCUUAGCUUGCCCUCAAGAUACAAGAUUACAAGCUCAUGAACAUGGCGGAAGGUCAAGUGAAUCCUUCAACACGCUGUCCGUGAGAUGCGCAGUGAGAAUACACAAUCUAGCUUUCGUCUGUCCCCAUGAGAUGGAGCUAAACGACACGUAUCCCUCAGAUCAAACAUAGUUAGCUUUCUGCUUUGCAGCAUCAGUCGUUCUUCGUCGAGAACCGUACUUGCGCCUUAUGGCGGUUCCAUUCCGGGCUGAAGUGCUUUGCCACCGACCGCUAUUUCGUGACUUGCUUCUCACGACAGCCCCGUGCUUGUGUCGAUCACCAGAUACGUGAGGUCUUGCAGUUUCCGACAAUAUGGCUCUAACUCAAAGACUACUGCUUCUACUGCCUGCACAUCUCUGAUUUUCAGAUAGAAUAUUCAAUAUUGUUGGAAGUAUCGUCUUGACUGAUCUAAUUCUAUCAAGACUCUACCACCAACAUUACUGAAUACUUGCCUCUGUCGUCUGUAAGCACUAAUCAAACUCUGCAAACUUCCACAAACAUCAUCGACAAGAUUCUUCUCGUGAAAACCGAGAAAAUAGAUGUGGGCAUAGAUUUGCAGACAUAGGCGAAUCUCUCGAAAAGGUUAUGAAAAGAAAUUGGUGGAAUCUCUAGCAGUUUUGAUUUACGUUAGCCAUCUGAUAUCCAAAGAUCAUGAUUCUUUCUGAUAUCAUUGCCUUGCGACUCAUGCGGUCUCGAUUUAUAAAGCGUCGCCACAGAGUACCCA